GGCCCGAGCGCGUACGAACGUCGCCGACUAAUCACGAAGCGGUUUACACGGUCGCGCGUCCCAACUCGUCUAGUGUGUUUUUGACAUCGGUGAACGCAGUCGUGAACUUCGGAGCGGACCGAUAUACUUUUUAUUUAUAGUUAAUCGAAUAAGUCGUGUGACGUUCGUGAAUACCUGUGUAACCCGGGAUAUAAAUAUGAGUAUUGCUGCACUCAUCCAAGCCGCUGAAUACCUCGAAAGGCGAGACAGAGAAGCGGAACACGGUUAUGCGUUGAACCUGCCGGCGUACGAGGAGACCCGCUCGGGCGGGAGACGGCCGAAGACCAAGAAGUCGCAGGGCAGCAGGACCACUCAUAACGAGUUGGAAAAGAACAGGAGAGCGCACCUCAGAAGUUGCUUGGAGAAGCUCAAGGACAUGGUGCCACUAGGGCCCGAAUCGUCCAGACACACCACACUAGGAUUAUUAACAAAAGCCAAAAGAUUUAUAAAGAGUCUAGAAGAACGGGAAAAACGGCACGCGUCACACAGAGAGCAGCUCGCGCGCGAGCAGCGCUACCUGCGGCGGCGGCUCGCGCAGCUGCGUGCCUCGCCCUCGGCUCGGCUCUCAGAGUCGCUCACGCACACGCGCGCGGACUCGUGCUCGUCGCUAGAGAGCUCGUCCGGCGUGUCCACGGCCGAACGGUCACCUUCUAGUGUCUCGGAGAGCGACGAAGUGGACGUGAUUGGCUACACGUCCAACCAGAGCGACAGCGAGUCGCUGGUGUCGGGCCGCAGCGGCAGCGGGGACAGCGGCGUCUGCGAGCGCGCGCGGCGCGGCCGUCGCUCGCCGCGCAACGCGCGCCGCGCGCCCCGUAACACGAGGAUCUAGGUUUCAAGUGGGCGGAGCGAGCGUGACGUCAUAACUUUGUAACGUAAACAAUCGUAGAACAUUUUGUUGAUACAUGUACUAAGGCGACUGUUGUUUCUGUGACUGAACGUGACGAGUGCCCGCGCCGCGACUGAACGCCGGCGACCCUGGCGCCAUCUAGUCGCACCGAGCUCUGGCCGCCACGCGCCGGUCUUAACACCUCUGCAAAUUAUCACCGAGUACAAAAUUGCCAAAAACCCGUUUAUUUCAACUUUUCUGUAAAAUCGCAUAUCGGUGUGGAUUCCAUUUUUCGGUUACAAUGAGCGCUCGAGUCGAUUUUAGAGGAGAAGGGAUAUUUCCCCAAAUGCAAUGCCUGGCUCACUUUUUGUGUGUUACUCGCACAUUCCUUUUUAUAUUAAUCAAUUCGAGCGCAUAUUGUUUCCAUUGUAGUUUCACAAAUUACAUCCGGUCUUUGUAAUUAGUUUUAGUUUAGCGUUGGGGUAAAUUCUUAAACAGUAAAAGAUUUUAAAACUAGUUUUGAAUACUUCAUGACUCUUCGUACAAAAUAAUACAUAUUGGGCUUCGAACGCCUUGUAUUUUCAUCAUCAUUGAUAUUGUGGUAAAUCAUGUUAUUUUACUAUACGUUAUUGAAUUUUCUAUCGGUCAUAUUGAAGCGGUCUAGUUGAUCGUUACUCUCUAGGGUACUUAUCGUUAUUUUUCACAAACGUUGCUGAUUUAGCAAAAUGUUGUAUAGAUAAAUAUCAAUUUUAUAUUUGUAUAUAAUUAUUUUUCUUGUAAAAAAUCAAUCAAAUAGAAUUAGAUCUGUGAAUUUUAAGUGGACGUCUACAAAAUCUUAUAUUGGGUUACAAGCCCACCAAAAAUAAUUAUAGAAAGGAUUCCAUUUAUUAGUUCACGCGUACUAACUAGAUCAUUUCGGCUAUGAGGAUUUUUUUGGAAACGCUCUGUACAGGCGGUCCCGCUUAAUAUCUCACUGCGUCAAGAUAUUAGAUGCGAAUGUAUUUGAAGACGUGUACUGUAAAUUUUAUGUCUCAAAAAAUGAUUUAAAGUAACUAAUGACAGUAAUGACUUUUCAACCGAUCACAACGAAUCCUGGAUAUUGCGGUCGAAGAAUUUUUAUUUUCUAUUGUGUUUUUUACAUAUUGUGUUUCCUUUAUUAGCACAAAAUUAAUUUCCUUGUAAAGCAACAUUAAGUCAGUUAAUAUCCCUGAAAACUUACAUUUUGACCGAAUCCGAACAGCGGCGACAAAAUGGUGUUUUGUGGCCACACGUUUCCUCACCGCACUACCACAAAAUUUCGAAGAUUUCGAGCUUUUCUUUCACCCUAUUUCAGUGGAUUAAUGCAAAAGCGAUUGAGAUGUAGGUAAAUGAAUGAAACAUCAUACAUCUUAAUCUGUAUGUUUGUGUCAGUUUUAGGUAUGUCUGUUUUAGUAUUUACGCGGAAAUUGCCCAGUCGUAUUUUGCCGCUGUAAGUUUGGGCCGCCUGUACCGCCCGUUGCGUAGCUCGGUCAACUCACGCGCAAGCCUACAAGCUUCUUGUCAUCAAAUUUUAUUUAUUAUCAUCGUCUAUGCCUCGACGGACCCCACAGACUAACAUCGUAUUCUUAAGUAUUGAUAUUGAAUAUUCUAUGAUCUCACUUCAUUGUCACACACCCAUCUUCAGUAAUAUGUCAUUAUAAUAGACUUGUUUAUUAAAUUAUUUUAUUUUAUUCGACACAGUCGCAGUAAUAUGGGAGUGGUCAUCGCUGUGUAUAAAUCUUGAGAUCAACAAUAUUAUUAUUUAUUUUAGAUAGAGUGAAAUGAGUAUAAUAAUUAAUAUAUUAUUGCGAAUUAAUAUAAAUUUAUAUUUUUUUUAUUUUUAAAUAUAUUGACAAGUCGAAUGACAUAAUUACUUUAGUGGUAUUUAAUUUAUGUGGACAUUCACAUACCAAAAAUAAAAUUAUACACUGUAAAUGACAAUAUGGUAAUGUGUCGAUACAAAAUCUUGCAAGGGGAUAACAUAACAACUAUAAGAGUACACAUAUUUUGUUAAAACUAUUUUACCUUGUAUAAAUUGUUAAUUCAUUUUGUGAAGAGCGAAUGACCCUGUACAUUAUGUAUGAUCAACAAUUUUGGUGGCGACGCAAUUGCCCGGAGUCACCCUCAGACUCCGCGGCGGCGCGUGAUUUUAAUAAUUGCAUUAAAUCUUAUUGUAAAUUGUUUUAGGUAUGAAUGUUAUGUAAGGAUAGUUGUAACGUAUUAUCAUUUGUAAGUAUAACAUUUAUUUUAGAAAUGACAGUCUGAUCUCUUAAGGUUAUUAAUGCGUGUGAUGAGGUGUGCCAGUCGGGUUUUAGAGAUGUUCUACCGCGGAUCAACCUAAAUUAUAAAUGUUCUCUAAAUAUACCUAAAAUUUAACACACACUUAAUACGAGUAUCCAUCGGGGACCAAGUUCUCAGGUAAGGUCAGGUAAAAUAUGGGUGCACACAUCGUACUCAAAAAUGUGUCCGAUAGCUUAUGUCAGCGAAUUAAGAACUAUGAGACAUAUUAUUGAGUAAGUUAUACACCCCCAUAUUUUUACACUAAAGUAAUAAUUUUAUACUUCAUCCAUCUUUAUGUCUUAAAAAUACAUUAUACUUAAACAAAAAAAACUAUCCUUUUCACCCUUUCUGGUUUUCCACUUUGCUUUAUUUUUAAAGGAAAAUACUCUUUUGAGUACAUUGAUGAAAUAUUUAUUCUCUCGUUUAGGAUGCAUCAUUCAUCUCUUAAAACCUAGCGCCCCAAACAAAAUUAAAUUUUAUCGAUAUCGCUACGCUUAAAGCUUAUAGAGGGGAGCUGGCUGGUUAUAAAAUAAUGUGAUAUUUUUGCUGCCAGCUCUUAGUCUAUGAAUCUCGACAACUUUUUUUUUAUCUCGUCUAGAAUUUAAAUCGUAAAGGCGAGUUAAAAAUACAAAAAGAUCUCAAACACGUGGUGAAUUUAAUUUUGAAAACUAGUAAAAAGGCUUACAUAUAACGGUAAUAUGUUUUUGAUGGUCGUUUUUGACCAAUUUCCCCCUUUUUAUAAAAAUUCAGGUUGGUCCGCUGUAGUAUAUUCUUAGAGGGCCCGACACCUCCAAAUACUUGUGACGCCUAAGACCUGUGUGCCUCUGUCAAUCCUGCCUCAAAGAUAUCAACAAACUAUCAGUUUCAAAUUAUCUUACUAUCACAAAACAAUAUAUUUUUAUUUAAUUUAUUUUAGAACAGUGCUUUGUCGAUCUUGUUAAAUAUGUACUACCAAUGUGUUGCGAUACUUCAUUCAAGAACUUGUGCGAACGCCUGGAUGAUUUUUUAUAUUUGCUGUCUAGAUUGAGUGAACCAUUUUAAUAGUACACUCGACGAUAAUUAAAAAUAGAAGCCUUGUCCAUUGUUAAAAAUAUAUCGUUUAGCUAGAGAAAAUAUACUUGGCAAAUCCAUCCUUUACUUAACUAAUUUAACUGCACUUUUAUUCUUGCAACUUUCAGAUAUUUAUAACCUUCAGUCCCCUUUCGUAACUAUAGGUAAAGUUGACGAAAUAUAAAGUGAGCCGAUCUUGUUCAAACUUUGUUCGAGAGAUCGUCUCACUUUACACCUAUUUCGUCAACCUUACCUAUUGGUAACCAGCUGUGAAAUGAAUUUGGACUGUGGACUGAAGGUUAUUUAACUGUUGAAAGAACUUUGUAAUAAGGCCUUGUUUUCAUAGAGUACCUUUUGGCGCGUUUUCUGUUAACCUAUAAAAUCGUUUUGCUGACUUUGUCUGUGGUCGACCAAUGAGAUCUCAGAAAGCGCGCAAUAGACUAUGGAAAUGAGGACUUAUUGUCGUAGCCUAGCUGUCAGAAUGCUCCGUUAGAAUUUUGUAUUAUUCUCUCUGGUCUACUCAGUUCGAGUAGACGCUAGAUUAUCGUGUAGAACUCAUGUUUCAUUUGCGAUUGCCGAGUGUGUGGGUGCAAGCGGCGACGGGACGCUUUAAGAGUACAAAUUCUGUAUAAGCCCCUACUUGAGUGUUAAUUCUAAAUGUUAAUUUUUAAAAACACGAAACAGGGAGACGGUAUCGGUGUACGA